CCAAGCCGGCGAGAGCAGCAACCCGCCGCGCCGUCCGCUUGUGCAGCUCCAGGGAUGCCACUGCAGGUGAGCGAUUACAGCUGGCAGCAGACGAAGACUGAGGUCUUCCUCUCUUUGCCCCUCAAAGGGGUGUGCGUCAGAGACGCGGACGUGUUCUGCACGGAAAACUAUCUGAAGGUCAACUUCCCUCCAUUUUUGUUUGAGGCAUUUCUCUACGCUCCCAUAGACGAUGCGAGCAGCAAAGCAAAGAUUGGGAAUGACACUGUUGUCUUCACCUUGUAUAAAAAGGAAGCAGCCAUGUGGGAGACUCUUUCUCUGACAGGUGUUGACAAAGAGAUGCUGCAAAAAAUAAGAGAGAAAUCUAUUUUACAAGCACAAGAGAGAGCAAAAGAAGCCAUAGAAGCAAAAGCUGCAGCAAAGCGGGAAGAUCAAAAAUAUGCGCUAGAUGCCAUGAUGAAGAUUGAAGAAGAAGAGAGGAAAAAAAUAGAAGAUAUGAAAGAAAAUGAACGGAUAAAAGCCACUAAAGAAUUGGAAGCUUGGAAAGAAUGUCAAAGAAAAGUUGAAGAACAAAAAAGAAUUCGGAGAGAGGAGAAAUUACAUCAAAAAGAAAAGCAAAUUGAAGAAGAAAGAAAAAAUUUAAAACAUAAAAGUCUUCCUAGAAAUUCAUCUAGAUAUCUUGCCACAAAAGGGAGAAAUUUAGAAAAUAUAUUUUCUGAGAAAUUAAAGGAAGAUAGUAUUCCUGCUCCUCGCUCUGUUGGCAGUAUUAAAAUCAACUUUACCCCUCGAGUAUUCCCAACUGCUCUCCGUGAAUCACAAGUAGCAGAAGAGGAAGAGUGGCUACACAAACAAGCUGAGGCACGAAGAGCAAUGAAUACUGAUAUUCCUGAACUUUCUGAUUUAAAAGAAGAAGAAAAGAACCCAGAGUGGUUAAAGGACAAAGGAAACAAGUUGUUUGCAACAGAAAACUAUUUGGCAGCUAUUAAUGCAUACAACUUAGCCAUAAGAUUAAAUAAUAAGAUUCCACUAUUGUAUUUGAAUCGGGCCGCUUGCCACCUAAAACUAAAAAACUUACACAAGGCUAUCGAAGAUUCUUCUAAGGCACUGGAAUUAUUGACACCACCUGUUGCAGACAAUGCUAAUGCAAGAAUGAAGGCACAUGUACGACGUGGAACAGCAUUCUGUCAACUAGAAUUGUAUGUAGAAGGAUCUUGUUGUUACCUGGGCUAGAGUACAGUGGCAUG